AUGGCAUUCUCCUUCGACCAUCAUUGCGCUGUACUGCCCGCCCUCCGCACAGACCACGCCGCCUUCCUCCGCGACGUCGCGGCGAUCGAUCCUCCACCGCUGCUGAGCGCGCUGAUCCGAGUGCUCCAGGCGCAGGGCGAGCAGCCCGUGUCCCCCGCUGAUCGUCGGGGCAUGGUACCGCUGGCCGUCCCACUCACGCGAAACCCAGCCACCGUUCCCGCCGUUGCUCCCCCCCUGCGCGCCCCUAGCAACCGUCCCCCAACAUUUGUCAUGAGUCCCUCUCCGCCGUGCCCUCCCCUGCGUUCCCCCAGGCACGGUGACGGCGCUGCUCCGCUGGCCCACCGCUCCCCUGGGGGACGCAAUGCUGACUCCCCCUGUGCUCUGUCCACGUCAGCAUGCAGAUGCCCGUUAUCCGCGUGGGAGAGGGCGGCGGCUGCGUCUUGGUUGCACGAUCGGGUUUCGGGAGUAUCAGCAAUGCGGUUUAAGGGAUCUUAUCACUCACGUCUGUUGCCAUGGUUUUCCCACUCCCUCCGCUCCUCCCUCUCCCCAUACACCCGCCCCCCACAGGCGGACGAGUACAUUCAGAGGGCGCUCGUGGAGGAGGACGUGGGCGCGCGGGAGGGCAGCGCGGAGGGGGACUCGGGGAGGGUGGGGGAAGCUGCAGGGGAGGAGGGGCGCAGGCUGUAUUCGCCUGGUGACUUCGCAGCGGCCAAGGCCAAGUCCCUUGAUGCCUAUCUGACCACCAAGGUGGGCAUGUUUCCGGACGUCCUUGAGAGGCUGGCUCUGCGGCAUCUGGAGCAGGGCGACCAGGUGUCAGCGCUGGUGGCGGGGGAGUUCUAUGCGCGUAAGCACUUUCCAGGCUUCGCACAUCCCUUCACCUUCAACGCGCAGCUGCUGCUCAGAGUUGGAAGGCCAACAGAGGCGAGGGAUGCAGCGCGCAUUGCACUCAAGUCCCCCUGGUGGACUCUGGGGGCCUCGUACCAGGAGGUGGCGGAGCUGGCGGGGUAUGGGGACUCGCAGCUGGAGUAUGCAUUGGAGCGGCUGACAGAGGAGGGCAGGAAGGAGGACGUCAACAAGGGCAAGGCGGAGGCGCAG